UUCAGCAGAAAAUAGAUCUUUAUACCAUGUACUUGAUUUCAGCAAUAGCUCUUUUGUAUUUUAACAAGCCGUUAUUAAUUUGACCCACACCACGCCUCCAUAGACCGAUAAAGCAAACAAAUAUAGUGUGUUUCUCAUAAUCAGUUUUAUUUUUCACUGGGCUAGAGAAUAUAUUGCUGUAUUUUAUUAUUCAAAUUUGUUUUUUUUGCUAGCUGUAAAUUUGCAGUUUCAGUUUAAUAUCCUGGAUUUUUUUUUAUUUUCUUUGAAGUUAAGCUGUCGAGACAUGGAGAAGGCGGAUUUCUUAAAAGGUCUGCCCGUUUACAACAAGAGCAAUUUCAGCCGGUUCCAUGCAGACUCGGUGUGCAAAGCGUCAAACAGGAGACCGUCCGUCUAUCUCCCCACGCGGGAAUACCCGUCCGAACAGAUCAUAGUCACUGAGAAGACUAACAUCCUCCUGCGCUAUCUCCAUCAACAGUGGGACAAAAAGAACGCCGCAAAAAAGCGGGAGCAGGAACAAGAGCAGGGAGAGAGCCCGGCGCCCCCGAGGAAAAUCGCCCGGACAGACAGCCAGGACAUGAACGAGGACACUUAGACAGCACGUCCGCAGUGCGCCGGACAGACACGCAGACAAACAGACUGUCGGACAGAGAGCCAGGACUUGGGCAAAGGCACCUAGAAAUAGUGUUUUUUUUUUUUUAAAUAUGUAACUCUUUGCAAACGUUUCCCCUUGUCUCAGUUCUUUUUCCACCGCACUGCUCAGCCUUGGACAGAAGGGGGCACCACAAGCCCUUUCUGCUGGGACACUUACUGGGUUUGAUUCGAAGGGGUCUGACUGGAAGAGGAUUGCUGGGAACACAGUUUUUUGUUUGAGUAGCAGCAAUGCUCAGGCUAGGUUUAAGCUGAUCAGCAAACGAAGACAUUUGUAUUUUUUUUUUUUAAUUGGGCUAUUAUUAUUUGUUGUUAUGAGUUUUGUUUGCUAACUUGUAAGUGUUGGAUUUACAUGUUUCUUUUUAAACUAUGGCAAGCCAGCUGCCUGCGAGUGGCAUCUGCGUUCUGGUUUUAGAUUCGGAUUGCAUUCCUGAAUGUGGAAUGAGCACUGAGUCAGGAUCGGUUUGUAUUUCCACUGGCUAUCCGCUCCCGCACCACAUAGUACAGAAAUCCCACGUCCAGUCUCUGGGAUUGACCGUUUUUAGUUUUAAAGCCCAGUGCCCAGCUGUAAGUCUGACGGCUGCCAGCUUUCUCAAGGAAGCACAAGAGUAAAGACCAGCUUUGAUGCUUUUUCAUGUCCAGAUCGUGGGUUCUAAGCAGUACUUAAGAUAAGGUGUUUUUCUUGUUUGUUUGUUUGUUUUUUUCCUUAAGGUUAUAAAUAAAUACUGCUGAGGCUUUAAGUAUGCAAAACUAGUACUAGACAGAAUCCUUCAGUUAUCUUGCAAGUAAGUGAGUUUUGUGUGUCAAGCAGUGUUUUUCAGUGGCUAAUCUUGAAUGCCCAUUUGAAACAUCGGCAACGGGACUUGCCAAGUGACACUGAUAGCUUCAAUUGUCCUCCAUUCCUUGAGACGCUGUCUUAAGUUUCUGCCUCUUAAGUUUUCUACUGAGCUAAAAAUGUGUUCAUGUAUCACAGCUGUAAUCAGGUGACUUCCAGGAGUGAACGCUUCCUGUCUCAUGUCCAGUGCAGCUAGCGGUCAGGUGAUCUUGGUUUAGCCCAAUCAUCAGUUAGCAAACCGAUGCAUCAUUGGGUAGCCAAACCAAGGUGCCCUAGUCACACUGGGGGUGAUUUUCAAAGCUCGGUAACAUUUUGUUCAGUCAAAUCUCUUAAUAAAGCUCUGGAAUUAAAAAAAAAAAAAAAAAUGAUAUUAAUUUUAUGCACAUUCAUCACCCUUAACUAUAAA